AUGACCUAUAGAGGUUCUAGGAGGUUAAUAAAAUUGAAGAAAAGAUUUGAGGAGCAUGGAUUGUUGGGGAGGGUGGAUGAGUCUGUUUUUGGACCAUUCUUCACAGCCCCUGCCUUUUCGUUCUCUGGGGUAUUGGUGCACACACUGCUUUUGCGAAAGGUCAAGUCUCCGCGUGGCGAUGAGGUGCACUUCUUGAUGGGCCCAAACUUAUGUAAGUUUGGGGUGCAUGAGUUUGCCAUUAUCACUGGCCUGAGCUGCUCCCGUCCACCACCUGUCGUUGACAUUCAACCUCACAUUACUUCCUCUCGCCUAGUUAAUACAUAUUUUAGUGUGGAACCAAAGAAAGACAUUAGGUUUAGUAUGUUGGAACGAGAUUUUAGUAUGUGCGAUAUACCUGAUGAUUUGUACAAGCUCAGCUUGGUUUACUUUGUGGAGGGUAUACUAUUGGCUGCUGAGAACGACAGUGCUAUUUGGCGAGAUUCAUUGCCGAUGGUCGAGGAUUUAGAUUAUUUUGAGAAGUAUCUGUGGGGAUCCCUUUCAUUCGAUACAACUGUGAAACAAUUCAGUAGAGAUAUGAAAGCGAUUGGUGGUACAAUACCAGUUGUCAUGCAUUUCUAUCCUAAGGCCUCGACCAAAUGA